GCGGCGGGUGCGGGGAGGGGGGUGAGAGAUCUGUUACAGUGGGAGCUGUAAAUCAGGCAGAGCUACAGUAACGGCGCUCUAAUUCGUUACCCUGUUGCGAAGUAUUUUCGGCUAGUGGUCGGCGAGGGCGAUACUACCGUCUCUCAGGCUCCCGUUUCGGGGAAGAGUCGAGUCGAAGCGAGUCGAGCGGAGCGGAGUCGAGAGUCGUUGAGCGAGGGAGAAGGAGAAGGAGGAGGACUAAACACCGGCUCGCUUUUAUACAGUAUUUCUUCCAGAGAGGCUCACAGUUUUAAACAGCAGCAGCAGGAGGCGGUGAGCGCUCACAUUGGGACUGGAAAUGUCUGAAAACAAGCCGAAUGAUGAGGCGAAGUUAUCUACGACGGAUAGAGUUGUUAAAUCUGUCCCUUUCCCCCCCAGCCACCGGCUGACCGUAAAGGAGGUCUUCGACAGUGAUGGCAAGCCCAAAGUAGAUGUCCUCAAGGCCCACCUCACCAAAGAGGGUCGCGUGGAGGAAAGCGUGGCCCUCCGGCUCAUCGGCGAGGGAGCCGCCAUCCUGCGCUCUGAGAAGAACUUGCUGGACAUUGAGGCUCCAGUUACAGUAUGUGGAGACAUUCAUGGACAGUUCUUUGACCUGAUGAAGCUUUUCGAGGUGGGAGGGUCUCCAGCCAGCACACGCUACCUUUUCCUGGGCGAUUAUGUGGACAGAGGAUAUUUCAGUAUUGAAUGUGUGCUGUACUUAUGGGCCUUAAAAAUCCUUUACCCCAAAACACUGUUUUUGCUGCGCGGGAACCACGAAUGUAGACAUUUAACAGAGUAUUUCACCUUUAAACAGGAAUGUAGAAUUAAGUACUCCGAGCGGGUGUACGACGCGUGCAUGGACGCCUUCGACUGCCUCCCCCUGGCCGCGCUCAUGAACCAGCAGUUUCUCUGCGUUCAUGGAGGACUGUCCCCCGAAAUCACAAACCUCGAUGACAUCAGAAAAUUAGACAGAUUCAAGGAGCCUCCUGCGUACGGACCAAUGUGUGACCUGCUGUGGUCGGACCCGUUGGAGGACUUUGGCAACGAGAAGACCCAAGAACACUUCACACACAACACAGUGCGAGGAUGCUCCUACUUCUACAGUUAUCCCGCCGUGUGUGACUUCCUACAACACAAUAACUUAUUAUCCGUCAUCCGGGCCCAUGAAGCACAGGACGCUGGGUACCGCAUGUACAGAAAGAGCCAGACUACAGGCUUCCCCUCCCUCAUCACAAUCUUCUCAGCACCAAACUACUUAGAUGUCUACAAUAAUAAAGCUGCUGUGCUGAAAUACGAGAAUAACGUCAUGAACAUUCGGCAGUUUAACUGCUCCCCUCAUCCCUACUGGCUGCCAAACUUCAUGGACGUCUUCACCUGGUCCUUGCCCUUCGUCGGGGAGAAAGUCACUGAGAUGCUGGUAAACGUGCUCAGCAUCUGCUCCAAUGAUGAGCUCACCACAGAUGAGGAGAUUGAUGGACAGCUAAUAUAUCCCCCCAAGAAAGGUGCCACAGCCUCUGCACGCAAAGAAGUGAUCCGGAAUAAGAUCCGAGCCAUUGGGAAGAUGGCCAGGGUGUUUUCAGUGCUACGAGAGGAGAGUGAGAGUGUGCUGACGCUGAAGGGUCUCACCCCCACUGGCAUGCUCCCCAGCGGCGUUCUCUCAGGAGGCAGAGAGAAGCUCCAGAAUGCUACUAUUGAGGCUAUAGAGGCCGAUGAAGCCAUCAAAGGCUUCUCGCCUCAGCAUAAGAUCACUAGCUUCGAGGAGGCCAAGGGUCUGGACCGCAUCAACGAGCGCAUGCCUCCCCGCCGCGACGCCCUGCCCUGCGACGCCAGCCUCAACUCCCUCAACAAGGCCCUGUCCUCCGAGACCAACGGCACCGAGGCCAAGGCCAGCAGCGGCAGCGGCAACAUCCAAUGACGCGCCUGCACCUCCCCACCAGUGCCGCCGCAGUGAUGAGGCUCCUCCCUCUCUUUCUCCACGCUACAGUCUGAGGAAGGAGCGCAGGGGGUGGGAAUUGCGAGUCAGAGCGAAGAGGAGGGCAGAGGAAGGAGAGGGAGGUGAGGAGAGAGGGAUGGAUAGAUAGAUAAGAGAUAAGAGAGAGAGGGGGAGAGAGAGAGAGAGAGAAGAGUUUUCAAACAUGAUUCAGAGUGACACUCUCUAGUCUUUGGAUAUGCCUUUAAAAAUAUUUUGCUUGUAGAAACCAUGAAAAGUUCUCGCUGGUUCACUCUUUUCUGAAUGAAUAAGUGUAAGUGGGUGGGUGGGUGUUAUUGGAUUAUCGGGUGGAUGGAUGGAUGGAUGGAUGGAUGGAUGGAUGAUGGGAUAGAUGGGUUGGUUAUUGGGUUGGGGGUGGGUGCUGUGUGGUUCCUUGUUGUUGAUUGAAGGGGGGCAGCAGCAGGCAAACUGAGAUAUCUUAUGUGAAAAGGCCUUUACUCAUUUACUGGAUAACAGAUUUUGUUCUUUUUUCUUUUUUUGUGUGUGUGUAACUUCUUACUAAUUAUUGUACGUUUACAAAAAUACAGCACUAAAAAUGGACAGAACAUAAAAAAAAGGUUUUAACAUAAAAAGGGUGUACAAACUAAAUAAGGACUAUUUAUUGAUACAUUUUUUUGCUACUCUUAUAAACUAGCUCUAAAGUAAAUUAGGCAGUCUUAAAAGAAUGUUGCAACAUUGUUGAAAUGCCAAAAAUGGAACGUUUUAUGGUUUUGUACAGAUUAUUAUGCUUACCUCAGGUUUCUUUGGUGUGUGUGCUUUUGAUCCUGUUUUCUGUAUAAUGGCUAAUUAGCUCGAUAGCAAGUACCAAUUUCCUUGAAGUUUCAAACUGGAAUUUACACCUAUCAUUUGCAGAAUAAGUUUUUGUUUGUUUGUUUGAUUGUUUGUUUUAUUCAAGAUGGGGAAUAGAUUUCUUGUGGCUUGCUGGAAUUUCUGUGAGUGUUCCAUUUUCUUUUUCAAGUAUUGCGAACAAACGAGAAAAAAAAGACAUAUAUAUAUAAAGCACCUAUAUUCUGUACAAAAAAAAUGACAAAAAAAUACUAAAAGCAUCUGCCUAUGCAUGUUUUAUAAGAUUUAUCAAAGGAAAUAUGAAUGAUAUGAAUUACCUUGGCUGCCGAGGCCGGUUUUGAUCUGUAGUGUGCUUUAGUCGAUAUAUACUGGAAAUGUAUACCGCCAUUCUUUACUAUAACACCGGGAUAAAGCUUCAGGCCUUCAACUUCUUUUGUAAUGAAAGCAUCAGACUAUUUAAUAUUGGAUGAGGAAUCAUGGUUUUUACGCUUGUAAGCACACAUGUAGUCCGAUUUAGCAUGUUUAGCUGUUCUCGUGACAUAAGUUUGUGGUUACAUGUGGAUGAACUCAAAAUGCAUGAUAGCUGUUAGUCAUACAAGACAUUUAGACCUUUUAUUGUUUUUUUCUGUUUUGUAAACGUGCCACAGAAAAGUGUAAUUUGAUUAUUAUUAUGAUUAUUAUUAUGAUUAUUAUGAUAAUUAUUAUUAUUAUUAGGAACUCUGCUUUGUAUAUCAGUUACUAGUUUGUUACUGCUCAAUACUUUAAGAAAGAAAAAAAAAACAAAAAAACAAAAACAAGAUACUCCAUCAUUUUUUUAACAAUUGCUUAAGUGCCCAAGUAAUUCACUACACAACAUUAAGCCUUGCUUUUGUAAUUUAACUUCCAAACUGUUGGCAGAUGACGCAUGCACUCACAACUAUUAAAAAGUAUUUUAUAAUACUGUUCAAUAAAAAUGUGCAUGAAAAUAAA